GCAGAGGGAAGCCCCGCGCAUGUCACCUUUGGAGGACUCGCGCCACACGCGCAUCGUCUCCGCGGGGCAUCUUCGCCAGUCCGAGAGGGGAUAAAAGGGAAACCCCACCAGACGGGAUGCUAGCGGUGUGCCACUGCAGCGUUGCAACAUCGCGACGUCGCCGCUUUGCAACGUCGCCACUUCGCAACGUAGCCACUUCUUAACACCGUGACGACUGGCCGACGGAUGCAAACCGACGCGCAACAUCACUGCAACCGCGCGUACGCUCGGGAUUAAACGGGGGAGGAAAAUGCACCACUAUGUGUUUGUCUCUCUACGUAGAUCAGCUGCCCGGUCGUUUGUGGGGAUAGCCCACCCACGCAACGGUACAGGGGUGAGUCAUGGGAAAAAGUGCUUGCGGCAUUUGGUCAGGCUGCAAAGGGAGUUAUAUUCGUUACUGAAUGUGGGGAGUUGGAGGGAUGACCUGCUGCUCCCAUCGGGCAGGCCGCAGGUGGAGCCAACAGAAUUCUCAAGUGAAGCCCACGCAGAAGCCCCAGUCGGAGUGCCCAUCGAACCCCCAAACCGCCUGAACAAGUCAGCCCUAAAAUUGCACAAAUGGACCCCCUUGGAGAGCGAAGGAAGCACCAUGGUGGCCCAAACGGUGGAGGAAAAACACAUGGGAGAAACGCUCAGUCGCAUGUACACCCUGAUGAGUAGGACCCCCCUGAGGAAAGCUCUCCAACUGAGCGAACAAGUGAGCAACAAAGAUCUGUAUAAAAUAAUUUUAAUGAAGCACUUCCAUAAGAUUAACAGGAGGGAUAGAAGGGGGAUGCUUCGCGGAGGCAAGACGAACGAGUUGCUGAGCCUCUUCCUCAUGUGUGCAGAUUACUACGUGCGCAUGCAGGGGGAAAGGGGCAGCCGCACAGGGAUACACCCAUGUGAGGGGGACCAAUUUGAGGACACCCCCGCUGUGUGCAGAGACGUGUUGGGAGCACUAGCACAGGGGCUUCAUACAAGAGCGGCCACCCUCAAGCUGAAGGAAAUGAACGAUUUGGUAACCUCUCUGCUUCGACUGAGAAUGGCUGACCCUCUUGUGGUGGGAGAGGACACCGCAAAUGAUUUAAUUAAAAGAUUUUCCUCUCGACUGUUUCGGGUGAACUGUGCUGUGAUGGAAGGGGGGGAAGGAGGACCAAGCAGUGAGUGGGCAGCUGUGCAAGGAGAAGGCCAUAGCAAUCAUAGAGACGAUGCCCAUGUUGUUGAUUACGAGGGUAGACUCGCUGCAUCUCCAACGGGUCAACCGAGCAGAGCACCCCCAUCUGGUGCGAUCCACCUGGGUGAUUUGGCCAAAGUGCUGUACCAACUGGUGACAAUUAAUAAGUGUCUGGUGAGCCACAAAAAAGGGGAACCUUCGGACGGAUUCCCAGACGAGCAAACAGCUCUAGUAAAUGCAAUCCUCGCGUAUGCAAAAAAGGAAAUUAAAAAGGGAAGCGUUUUUAAGGACAAGCUCUUCUGGCGGAGUUGCACCUCCCUGCUUUACAGCUUAACCGUUUUGCAUUGCAAAAAAUGGCACGCCGAUUGUUUAGAAAUAUUUGACCACGCAGUAAGGUCCUAUGAGGAGUGUUUCGAUGGGGACGCGACUCAACUGGUUAGCCUCCACUGCUACGAUGCGAAGAACUUCGGGAAGGAGCACUGGCCUGAGGAGGAGGCGAAGAGAGCGUGUCUUCUACGGAGCAUUUCCCAUUUUUGCAACUCAAAAGCGACAUCCAUCAAGUUUGUCCUUUCCACGAAUGAGCAGCCCGCGGAGGGGCACGCGCUCCUCUCCCUUGAGGAGCUAAUCAAGCUGUCGUACGCCGUGACCUUCUUCUACAAGAAAGUAGAUUCCUCCGGGGGGAACGUAAAUGCGAAGCGGACCCAGCGUGCGCGCAGAGUCAUCUGCUCACUGCUGCUGCUUACGGACGGGUUGGUGGAGCGCGCCGUUCUGGACGCCCUUCCGGUGAAGGGGCCACUUGGCAGGGGUGAGGAAAACGGCGGCGACCUUCUCAAGCGGGACCCCCUCAAGUGCGACCUCUCCAAAGGGAACCCCUCCAAAGAGGACCUCCGCUCACGCGCCCUCCUCAAACGGCUGAGCCAUUUGGCCAAUGUCCACCACUUCCACCGCAUUGGGGACAUGAAGCUCCUGUGUGCCAUAACCCUCCUAAUGAGCAAAUGCAGGGACGUCGAUCUGGUCGUCCUGAGCAACGUCCUUAACAUUUUCACAAAAUUGGACUUUACCUACGAUGCCUAUUUCGUCAGUUUCUUCUUUUCUAAUCGUAUGGGGAGGGGGUACCUGGGCGAGGAGGUCUUACGGGCUCGCUUUUUCGAGCGGAGUGGGGGUAGCCACCCUCCGUUGAGCAACCACACCGAUGAGAGAAGCACCCCCCAGGAGGAGAAAAAGAAACCGAUGGCCUUCUACAUAUGGAGGGCUUUCAUCAAAUGCGUGAGGAGGAGCGUGGCGGACAAGCAGAAGUGGAAGGGCCUCUCCCCCGUGAAUAUCACGAAGCUGGUCAACGGGCUGAUUCAUUUCAAGUGCCUGGAUAGGCAGUCCAUAGAGGUGCUCAUCAGGAUAAUAGCGGCGCAGUAUCGGCGGGGGGAAGCACUUGGCGAAGCAGCUGGGGUGGUAAAGGGGUCGAGGGGAAGCGCAGUAGAUCCCCUUAGCGAAGCAGCUGUGGCGGGACGCUUCAACCUGGUCUCCCUGGGGUCCCUGCUCAACUACAUGAGCAUGACGGACGACAUCCAGUCCUACGAAACGAAGAUUAAGCUUGUCCAGAUGAUAGCAGGCAACGUAGUGAAGCGGGAGAACUCAUCCGAUGAGAGGCUGCUCUGCAGCAUCUACGUCAGCUACGCGAGAUUGAAUAUACAGGACGUGGGUCUCUUUUACAUCAUAAGCAAGCGGCUUAAGGGGGGUCAACUGAAUGACCUAAACGUGCUCAGCAUGCUAUCCUACAUGAAUAAGGCGGGCAUAUAUGACGCACACCUGCUACGCACUUGCUUCAGUAACGCCUUUGCCAAGUGGAGGAGCAAAAGGAAGCAGCGAUUGUCCUAUGCAAUUCACCUGCUGUUCAUCUUAACCUCCAUCAGUCAGACCUUCCUGUUUGACAGCUUUUACGCAACUGUGUCGCGCGCGUUGGAAAUGAUUUCCUACGUGUACGGUGUGUGCAAGGAUGGGGAAGAAGCAGGAGCGGGUGCGGGUGCGGGUGCGGGAGGAGAUGAAGCUGAUGAAGCAGAUGAAGCUGACGAAGCAGAUGGAGCUCACGAAGCAGAUGCAGAAAGGAGAAGAGGGGAAAAAAAAUUAUCGUACAACUCCCUCUCCAUGCUGCUCAUCAGCCUGCACACCUUUCACCACUUUUUCUUGGACGUCCACUUGGGGGGAAGUGCCGGACGAGUUUUGGACAGGGUGAGCAGGGAGUACCUGAAGAUCUUUCACUUUUUUUUAUGCCAACCUUGGGAAGCGGGGGAGGGCAUGGGCGCUACCAAUUCGCAGAUUCAGAGGAACGUGCUGACCGCGCUGCGCCAGGUGGUCGGCGAGGACGUGUGCAUCAGCUACGAGUACGCCCUGCGCGGCACGCCCUACCUGGUCGACAUGGUGCUCCACCGGGGGGGUGAGCGGUGA